AUGGAGGAUGCCUCGUGGAUGGCUGCAGUACAACGAGGAUUAGCUGUCGGCUAUCGUUUACGCCAGAAAAUUAAUCGAAAACCAGUUACUGUCUGCAUUGAAAGUAAAAACUGUCAGUCCUCCAUCACCUUCAGUCACAAUCUACUGAUAGUCUCAACAUCUUGUCACUCUCAUCAUCAGGUAUCCUCGAUCAACCGAGUUCUGCGAAACCUGUCGAACGAGUCGCAGCGUCACAUCUCGACGGCGGCUGCAAUAACAGCUGCCGCCGCCGUCGCCGCCCAGGCCGCCGCUCAAGCUGCCCACGUCCACCAACACCAACAUCAACAUCAACACCAACAUCAACAUCAACAUCAGCACCAGCAGCAGCAUCAGCAGAAUCAGCAUCAGCAUCAGCAACAGCAACAACAGAGCCAAUCGCACCAUUUGCAUCAGCCGUCUCCGAGGCAGAGCACCUCAAGCCCUGCUCAUCUCCAGACGUCCGGACACAGUCUCAACCAGCAGCAUCUUCCCCCGAGACAGAUGAACCCUCAGUCGGCCGGACAUCUACAGCCCGGCCCAGGCCUGUCCUCGGCCCAGCCUCAGCACUCCACCGGCGGCCUCUCACAGACGCAUCACACCCACCAGUCCCAGCCUCAUCUACAGACAUCUCAGCAGUCCCAACUGCUCCACCAACACCUCCAUCCACGCACCGACCAACUCGUCUUGCCCAUGGCCCAGCACGAGGCCACGGGCUUCCCGGAACCCUAUCCCAUCCGACAUGUCUCCGGCUUCGGAGGACACAUGAUCUCCACGACCUCGGCCCAGUCUGGCCUCGAGGUCGCCUCGCCAUCGGCCUACUCGGGCCUCGUCCUACCAACUCCGGCUCCGACCGCCACUUCGGCUCCAACUUCUGCUUCCACUUCGGCUCCGGCUCCGGCUCCGGUUCCGGCCCACGGACACCAGACCCCUUUGGCCAACUCCACGCCUACGCCCACCUCCGCCUCGACCCUCCUCAUUGGCUCUGCAUCGCCAGUCUCGGCCACCUUCUCCUCGGCGCUUCACCAGCGCGAUGAUACAGCCUCGAUUAUGCGGAUUUCCACAUACUCACCAGCCGACUUUAUGCACAUCGCAACACCGCCGACAGACUCCACGGCUGUCGCCUCGACUUCGAGUCCCACUACAGCCUCCUCCUGUAGCUCAUCUGUCUUCUCCUCGACCUCCUCGUCCGCCAUUUCGUCGAGCCCAUUCCUCGCAGCCUCUGCUUCCUCCUCUUCUUCUUCCUCCUCCUCCUCCUCCUCCUCCUCCUCGUCGUCGUCGUCGUCCUCCUCCUCCUCUUCCUCCUCAUCCGACGCAACGCUCACUCCGCGCUCCUCGAGCUUCAGUGCCCUCGCCUGUCCCCGAAAUCCGCCGGCUCCACUCUCAACGCCUAGCAACUCGACCGGCCAAACGUCCUCUCUCUACAGCCAGGGUCUUCACCAGCUGCCCGGCUCUGCGGCGUCCGGCCUCAUUGGCCUGUCGUCAGGCUACUUCUCCUCCACCGCCUUCCGUCCCACCCACUAUCCAACAGCCUCGUGGUGGCAAUCCUCUUCCGGCUAUCCGACAACCAGCAGUCUGGAAAUUCAGACGUCUGACUCUUUUGUUAUGCCAGUUGCCAUGGAGCAACAGACCGGAGGAACCGUGUCCAGCAUGAUGGCCGGUUUACACGCCGCCUACACACCCUCCUUGGCCGCCUACAGGUCCUUGACGACCGGACACUCUUCGUACUACUCCACUUCUCUGGCGGGGGCAGGUUCGACCAGCCAGAAUACAGCCUCGGCUGGACACUUUGCCUCGAGUCCGCAUCAAUCUGGUACGAAGCAACGUUAUCCGUCGGCCUAUCCACUUCCCUAUCUUGGUUCUGGACAGUUUGAGCUGAAAUCGGGCUCAAGUACAAACAUGGUCCCACAGAUGAACACCUUCUAUCCCCAAGCAAUCGGUAUUGUUUUCGUGACUACCAGUUAA